AUGACACUUUCCGCAACCAACCCUGGAGACGCCCCGACAACCUCGACAAAGCUGGUUCUUGCCGAGAAGACACAGAAAUAUGUCAAUGAUUGGAGCCAAUAUAUCAGAGGUGGCUUCCCUACCUUGCCUAUUGCGGUCGAGUCAACUCAUGGCCACAUCAUCACCGAUGUUGAUGGGAAAGAUUAUAUCGACUUCAUUGGGCAGAUGGCCGUCAUGAACUUUGGAUAUUCUAACCCUAAAAUUGCCAAAGCUGUUGCAGACCAGGUCUUCAAAUUUCCUCUGACUGGUACGUAUCAUAUCAGUCCUCUGUAUACUGAGUUUGCCAAGCGUGUGACCCAGAAAUUUGGAUUUGACUCUAUCAUUACUAUGCUCAGUGGUUCUGAGGCGGUCGAAUCUGCUGUCAAAAUUGCACGAAAGUGGGCAUAUCUCCACAAGGGAAUCACCCAGGACAGGGCUCACGUCUUGACCGUUGACCAAUGUUAUCAUGGUCUGACCCUCUCCACCAUGCCCAUGGCUACUGUCGCAGCAAAGCGCAAAAAAACAGAUUUUGGACAACACCUACCUAAUCUCGGCCCGUAUGCUCCUACCAGCAAGAAGCUCAUUCCUUUUGGCAAUAUCCAAGCUCUCACAGAAUGCUUCGAGCAAGACGCCCAAAACCUUGCUGCAUUCAUCGUAGAGCCUGUUCAAGGCUGGGCAGGCACUAUCGUGCCUCCAGUGGGCUACCUCAAGGCUGUUCAAGCUCUCUGCAGAAAGCACAAUGUUUUGCUUAUUUGUGACGAGAUCCAAGCUGGAUAUGGUAGAACUGGCAAAGAUCUGUCAUUUCAACAUGAACCAGAGCUAGAGCCCGACAUGGUAAUCAUGGGCAAGGCUGUUACUGGGGGCUACUAUCCCAUGUCUGUCGUCAUGGGCAAAAAGUACGUCAUGGAUCUCAUUCAAAAGAACGAGAUUCUUUCUACUUUCGGUGCCUCCCCAAUCGCUUGUGCUGCUGCUUUGGCUUCUCUAGAUGUUCUCGAAGAGGAAAGGAUUUCUGAGAGAUCUGAAAGAUUAGGAGAAGUGUUGAAGCAGACUAUCAAGUCCCUAAACCCUCCCCAUGUCAAAGAGUUGAGAGGUACUGCGCUUUUUCAAUCUCUGGUUCUUGACUGCUCGGUUCCAGGAGUAACACCUCGUCGUGUUUCGGCUCUUGCCAUGCACCGAGGUGUGCUUGUGGGUAUCGGUGCAGACCGCCUACGGUUCAGUCCGCCUUUGACUAUUUCUGAAGAGGAUCUGGUAAAGGCUGUGACGGUUGUCGCUCAGGCUCUAAAGGACGUGACUGAAAUGGGAGAUUUCCCAGGUAGGCCAACUUGUAAUUUCAUAUUGAAUACAUGGACAACGGUGUAUACGUAUUUGUUCCAAAGAUUCUCACACCGAGUAGUGGCAUAUCGACCACAAGGGCAGAGUGGAUUGAUUGCUGGUUAUGGCACGGCCCGAAAGUCUAAGACGCUAGACUCGUCAGCCAAGGCAAUGGGGCGAUGCACCUUCACGGCAAUACCAAGACCGCUACACAUGUCGUAUGAUCAGGGCCAAGGGUAUCCGCUGACGUCAACUGUCACUCACGUGAACGGCUGGCUAUAG